CAGCCCCUAUCCUGCGCUGUUUAUUACAGUUUACUCGCUCUCCGACCGCAGCGACGCGCCUCUCGCUCCUCGCUUUCUCUCCCCCCUCCCCUCUCCGGCAAGGGAAUCAGCCUGCGUAAAGCCUCCGCGCCGGAUCGAGAGGGGCCGUCGGUCCUUUCCCCGCGCUGGUGGCGCCGAUGGAGAAGGUGAAGAGCCUGCUGAAGCCGCGGCCGACGCCGCAGCAGCAGCUGCGCGAGUGGCAGCGCCGCCUCCGCAACGAGUGCCGCGUCCUCGACCGCCAGAUCCGAGAUGUGCAGAGGGAGGAGAAGAAUGUGGAGAAAACCAUCAGGGAGGCUGCUAAGCGCAAUGACAUGGGAUCUGCAAAGGCGCUUGCUAAGGAACUUGUCAGAUCAAGACGUGCUGUUAAUCGUCUUUAUGAAAACAAGGCUCAACUAAAUUCAGUAUCCAUGCACCUUGGAGAAAUUGUUGCAACUGCAAGAACAGUAGGUCAUCUGUCCAAAAGCACUGAAGUGAUGAAAAUUGUUAAUAAUCUAAUGAAAGCUCCAGAAUUGGCUGCCACGAUGCAAGAAUUUAGCAAAGAAAUGACAAAGGCAGGUGUGAUGGAAGAGAUGGUGAAUGAUGCAGUUGAUUCAGCUUUGGACUCUGAGGACAUGGAGGAGGAAAUUGAAGAGGAGGUUGACAAGGUUCUUGCUUCAGUAGCAGGGGAGACUGCCUUGCAGCUACCAGAUGCUGCUAGGACACCAAGGAUACAGCAAGCUUCAACGAGCAGGGUUCCAGAAGAGCAACAAGCUGUUGCGGAGGGUGCUGAUGACGAUGAGGAAGAUCUAGAAGAAAUCAGGGCACGGCUCGCUAAAGUGCGGACGUAAACCAUGCACCCCUGAGGUGUCUAACUCGGGGAGUCCAUGGCUUGCGAGAUAUAACACCCAAACACCUUCUAUGAUGAACUGGGUUGAUGGCAGUGUAGUUUUUUUCCCUCGAACUGGAAAUGUAUUGUUGUAUAGUAAGAAACUCCGUGAGAGCGAUACGGAUAGUGGCCUGUCUCUGAUUGACAUGCGAUGUAAGGUUUAGCGCAUAAAAAAUGAAUAAUGUAUUCUCAACUGUACGGAAAUUUCCGCCUGAGUGAGUGGUUUCUGAGCUGACAAGCGUCCAUA